AUGUCUAUACGGUCUUUACCUGAGGAACUAGCAGAAAAAGCUCGAGUUGAGCUAAACGAGGAUCCGAAACGAGUGAAAGAUGAUUUGCAGCAUAUUAAAGAUUGGUUGGCAAAGCAACCGCAUUUGCGUGCAAGGACAGACGACCAGUGGCUUGUUGCAUUUCUUCGUGGAUGCAAAUUCAGUUUAGAGAGAACGAAAGAAAAGCUAGACCUGUUUUAUACAGUUCGUAAUACUUCUCAAGAACUUUUCAGGAUUAAGCAUACGGAUCCAACUUUUAAUGAGAUUUUAGAGAUGGGUGCCUAUUUAAUAUUACCGAAAGUAUCCAGUCCCACAUCUCCUCGCGUUGCAAUAAUAAGACCUGGAAGCUACGAUCCGGAAAAAUAUACAAUCUCCGACGUUAUAGCCGUAAAUAAUAUUUUACAAAAGAUUUUGUGUAUGGAUGACGACAACAUGGUUGUAGCUGGCUUACAUACCAUUUUGGAUCUUGAAGGCGUGACUAUGGGGCAUUUUUUACAAAUGACCCCGAUGCUAAUGAAAAAAAUGGUGGUUCUUACGCAGGAUGCAAUGCCAGUGCGUAUGAAGGGAACACAUUAUAUAAACGCGCCAAAAGGCUUCGAAACUAUCUUCAAUGCCAUUAAAAAUCUGUUAAAUGAGAAAAAUCAGACCAGACUUUACGUUUAUAACAAAAACUUUGAAGAAAUUUAUAAAUAUAUACCUAAAGAUAUAUUACCUACUGAGUACGGAGGUGAUGGUGGUUCAAUUAAGGAGAUAGCAGAGUACUGGAAGAAAAAGGUACAGGAAUAUAGAGAUUUUCUAGACGAAGAUUUGCAAUAUGGGACCGACGAAUCGAAACGACCUGGCAAGCCGAGAACUGCCGAAGAUCUCUAUGGACUUGAGGGCUCCUUCAGACAAUUGCAGUUUGAUUGA